GGCCGCACAUGAUGCGAGUGGGCGGGGCCGACUGACUGUACCGUGAUUGAGGCGGUAUGACCGGGUCCGCUUGGUGAGGCGGCUCAGUAACGGGCACCAUGGCCGGUGCCGGGAUGCGGCGGCUCUGCCUCUACCUGCAGGACCCCGGCAAGGUGGUCGCCUUCCAGCGCCUGUGCGGGGUGCACGAGGCCCAGCACAGCCUGAGUAACGGAGCCGGGCCGCGGAAGCCGCAGCGGCGGAACUCCUUGACGGGCGAGGUGGGCCAGGAGUUCGUUAUCCGCAGCCCCGCGCUCUACUACCUGUUCUCCCUGGGCACCGAGCUGGGGAAUGAGCUCUUCUACGUGUCGUUCUUCCCGUUCUGGAUCUGGAACGUGGACCCGUGGGUCGGCCGCCGCCUCAUCGUGCUCUGGGUGUGGGUCAUGUACCUCGGGCAGUGCACCAAGGACCUGAUCCGCCUGCCCCGGCCGCCCUCCCCGCCCGUCAUCAAGCUGGAGGUCUUCUACAACUCGGAGUACAGCAUGCCCUCCACGCACGCCAUGUCCGGCACCGCCAUCCCGCUCUCCCUGCUGCUGCUCACCUACGGCCGCUGGCAGUUCCCGUUGGCUGUUGGGCUGCUUCUCGCCGUCUCCUGGUGCUCGUUGGUCUGUCUCAGUCGCAUUUACAUGGGAAUGCACUCUAUUUUGGAUGUCAUCGCCGGCUUCCUUUACGCCAUUCUCAUUCUGAUCGUCUUCCAUCCUGCGCUGGAGAUCAUCGACACGUUCAACUUAACGUACAAGUAUGCCCCCCUCAUCAUCAUCAGCCUGCACUUGGCCAUGGGGGUCUUCUCCUUCACCCUGGACACGUGGAGCACGUCGCGGGGGGACACGGCUCAGAUCCUCGGGAGCGGGGCCGGCAUCGCUUGCGGCUCGCACGUCAAUUACAUGUUGGGUCUCAUGGUGGAGCCCCCGCCCGACGCGCUGCCCUUCAGCCCUGCCCCGAUCACCGUGGCUCUGCUGGGGAAAGCCGCACUGCGCUUCUUGAUAGGAGUGAUCAUCCUGUUGCUGCUGAGAGCGGCCAUGAAGAAGAUCUCCAUUCCUCUGGCGUGCAAGGUGUUCGGCAUCCCGUGCGACGACGUCCGGAAAGCCCGCCAGCGCAUGGAGGUGGAGCUGCCCUACCGCUAUAUGACGUACGGCAUGGUGGGGUUCGGGGCCAUGUUCAUCGUCCCUUACUUGUUCACGUGGAUUGGUCUCCAUUGAUGAUUGGCGUCCGCAAAACAAAAGGGGUCCAUUUUAUUUGGGGGGGUCUUCCUCCCCGGUUUUUUUUAUGCAGAAAGCUCGUAUAACCUUUAUUGAAUCCUCCGCCUGACGGGGGUGUAUGGACCAAGGUCGCAGUAAAACGCGUCGGUACGUUCGUUCUAAUCGCGCAUCUAACGUAGCUGCGUUUCUGGUUGUUUUUAGAUUCCGGUACUGUAUUUAAAUUGCUUUAUAAAUGUGCCUUUUUUUCCCUUU